AUGGCCACUGAUGGAACCCCGCACGGUCGUGGUGAGGCAAUAGGUACCAGCACACCAGUCGAAACAGUACCGCCGACGGCGGGAGGGCUGGUCGAGUACCGGAACCUACUCGACGCAAAGUAUCGCGACUUUCGAGACAUGACCAAGCGCUACGCAGCGACACUGGCCAACGCAAAGGACAAGUCCGUCACGCCUCAGAUGCUGAAGAAGCUCGUGCUCUCAAGCGAUCGUAUUCAAGCACUAAUCGAAGAGCAAUCGGCUAAUGAUCCAGUGAAGCGUGACGCAUUGGUGAGAAGGAUUCGCGAGCUGCUGGAAGAGAUUGCGCUCGACCAGAGUCUACCGGUCAUUCGGACGCUCGGUACGAUUCUGAAUGCCAUCUUUGCGCGAAUCUACACCGGACUGCACGUAAACGAGGUGAAGCUGGAGCAACUGCGGGCUCGCUUUGGCCGCCAGACGGUCCUCUACCUGCCGAGCCACCGUAGCUACGGUGAUUUCAUCCUGAUGUCGUACGUCCUGUUCUGCUACAACAUUGCCAUUCCGGGCAUUGCGGCGGGAAUGGACUUCCACUCGAUGGCCGGCAUGGGCAGUGCACUGCGCAAGACGGGCGCGUUCUAUAUGCGGCGCAGCUACGGCAACGAUCGACAGUAUUGGUACAUCUUUCGGGAGUACAUGCGGCAGCUGAUCGUCGCGUACGAGCGGGGCAUCGAGUUCUUUCUCGAGGGCACGCGCAGCAGAAGCAACAAAGCGCUGACACCGAAGAUUGGCCUGCUAUCGAUGGCGCUUGAGCCCCUGUUUAUGGGUGAAGUCGAGGAUCUGUGGAUCGUGCCGGUGAGCGUUUCGUACGAUCGACCCGUGGAGGAGCAGCUGUUCGUGUACGAACUGCUCGGGGUCCCGAAACCGAAGGAAACCACCCUCGGGAUGCUGAAGGCGCUCAGCAUUGUGAAGGAAAAUUUCGGCACCAUCUAUCUCGAGUUUGGAGACGCAUUCUCGGCUAAGGAGUACUUUGGUGGGAAGCUAAACCGAGUGCAGCACACGGUGGCCCCUUCGUAUGCGCAGCUACUGGCGCAGCCGGAACGCGAUGCGAUUCAGCAUCUUGCCAACGAUGUGGUGCACCUACAGCAGCGACGCAUGGUACUGACCACGUUUCAUCUGAUUGCACUGUACUACAACCUGCGCAAGUACCACGGCCAGACGGUCGCGCUUACGGAGCUGGAGAGCGGUGUCCGACAGCUGGGUGUCAUCUUUGGUGACCUCGGUGCCAUCACCGAGGUGGAAGAUGAGCGUGAGGUGAACAGCCGGAUCGCCCAGUCAUUAGCCGUGCACCGAAACAUCCUGCAGCUGACGUCCGAACGGAUUCUGGUCAUUGCCAAAACGCGGCACGAUUUCAGCCAGGUCGACAAACGCAAGCUGAAGGGACACAAUCUUUCCGACGCGGUGCUGAAGCUUUCGGUUCCAAUUUUCUCCCUUCAGCUCUACUGCAACCCCUGCCUGCACUGGUUAGCCGUACCGGCGAUGGUUUUGCUGACAGCACGGCAUUUCCAUGCCACCACAGGCCAGGCCACGAUGCAACGCAAUGGGCUGCUAAAUGCGGUCCGUGAGCUAAGACAACUAUUCAGUCUCGAGUUUGUCCUGCACCAAACUCGGGAGGCGGAAGAUUUCGAUUCAGCCGUGAGCCAUCUGAACCGACAAGGACUGAUGCUCACAGUUGAUAGCGCUACCCAGGGGCUGGGUAUCGCGUCCGGCAAGGAUCAGUUGGCGAACGUUUAUCUCAGUGCACUCGGGCCAUUCCUGUGCACAUAUCUGCAGGUGACGAACGUGCUGUUGCAACAGUUUCGGACCAGCGGGGAGCAGUUUACUGAGAAAGACUACAUGGCACGCGUGCAGCAGUACGUAGAGCAGUUACUGUUGCGCCAGGAGCGUAACGUGCACCCGUAUUGCCUGUCGUUGGACAGCAUAAGCCUCGCCCUGCAUUCUCUAGUCAUACUCGGUGCGAUCCGGAAAGGUAAACGAGAGAGCGUCUAUGUGUACGAUCUGACGCCGACCGACGUGAUUGAAUCGAUCAACCGCCAGCUGUCUGCGUACUGCACGCUGUUACCGUUCAAGUACCUUACAUUCCAGGAUGCAGUUACUCGAAGCAAGCUGUAAAUGCUUCCAUAUCUAGCCAAUUUACUCCAUCAGACCAUAAAGUGUAAACUCUACGGGUGAACCAGUUGCGAAUCCCGGACAUUUUCUCGUCGUUCCGAACAAUUUUAAAACCUUCGAACAAUCGUGAGCUUCUCUGUGUCCAAAUUUCAUGUUAUUGUGAUUACCUUAUGUUUUGGAGCGUAGUUUUGUUUUAGCUGUACUCGUUAGAAAAGCUUUGCAUUUUAUUUUCCCUAGUGGAUAGGUGGAUAGUGACGUAAAUUCUUCCGGGGCGAGGGA